AUGACGGUCCAGAAACUGAUCGCCACAGCCGUGUUGGUCGCGCUGGUGUCCCUGAUUCUCAACAACGCGGCUGCCUUCACUCCCAACUGGGUGUACCAGACCUUGGAGGAUGGGCGUAAGCGCAGCGUGGGGCUGUGGAAGAUGUGCUGGCUGGCAGAGAAGGGCAAAGGAGGUGUGGGCGCAGGUGCCAAGCACGGGCAAGGGGUGGAGCAUGAAUGCGAAGCCCUGGGCUGGGGUUCAGAGCCCGCUGGCUUCCAGGAGUCCCGAAAUACUGUCAAACUGCAAUUUGACAUGAUGCGUGCCUGCAAUUUGAUUGCCACCGUGGCCUUGACAGCCGGCCAGCUCCUCUUCGUGUUGGGAUUGGUAGAGCUGCCCAUUAUUUCCCAGGAUACCCAGUGGUGGGAAGAAGCCAUCGCUGCUGUGUUCCAGCUUGCCAGUUUUGUUCUGGUCAUUGGUCUGGUGACUUUCUAUCGUAUCGGACCCUACACCAGCCUAUCCUGGUCUUGUUAUCUGAACAUUGGGGCGUGUCUCUUAGCCACAUUGGCUGCCGCCAUCCUGAUCUGGAACAUCCUUCACCGUCGGGAGGACUGCAUGGCGCCCAAAGUCAUCGUGAUCAGCCGCACGCUGACCGCUCGCUUUCGGCGAGGGCUGGAGAACGACUACGUCGAGUCCCCGUGCUGAGAACACGUAGAUGGGAAGAGGGAGAUGAUUCAACC